AUGCGCCCGCCGGGCGAGCGGCUCGAAUGUACCGGGAGAGGCGGCGCGGGGGCCGGCAGCAGCGGGCUGAUGGGGAUGCUGAGCGAGAGGCAGGCUUUCGCCGAGCCUGGCCGCUCAACUUGUAACUUAAAAUCAGGUCUUUUUGCCUUCAUGAAUGAAUUGGAAGAGCUGCCUGAGCAAAAAGUUUUUGAGGUGACCAAGACUAUUGUAUCUCUGGCUUACUCACAAAAACCUGUGUUACUAACGUUGCCCAUUUGUCUCCACACCGUAGGUUUUGGAAUGACCACACCAGCAACCGUGGCUGGAAAAGUAUUCCUCAUCAUUUAUGGCCUUUUUGGGUGUGCCGGGACUAUCCUCUUCUUCAACCUCUUCUUGGAGCGCAUCAUCUCCCUCCUGGCAUUUAUCAUGAAGGCGUGCUACGAGAGACAGCUGCGAAGAAGUGGGCUCCUACCUGCCAACUUCCGAAGGGGGCCAGCGGUGUCCGGGGUGGGCAGCCUCGUGGGCUGGAAGCCGUCCGUUUACCACGUGAUGCUGAUCCUGGGAAUUUUUGCUAUUGCCCUUUCCUGCUGCGCCUCCGCCAUGUACACGGCAGUGGAAGGGUGGAACUACAUUGACUCCUUGUAUUAUUGCUUUGUCACCUUCAGCACCAUUGGCUUUGGAGAUUUGGUAAGCAGCCAAAAGGCUGUGUACCAACAUCAGGGAUUAUACAGAUUCGGGAACUUCAUGUUUAUAUUAAUGGGGGUAUGUUGCAUAUACUCCCUUUUUAACGUCAUCUCAAUUGUAAUCAAACAAAUUUUGAACUGGGUGUUGAAAAAAUUCGAAUGCAGAUGUUGCCCAAAGUGCCAUAAAUCCAGUACCCGCCUCAGCCGUCGCAACGCCAUCACCCCAGGAGCCCGCCUGCGCCGCCACAACGUCGCCGUGGACACUGACGGACAGUACGACAGUGACACCGAGGGCAGGAGGCUCUCUGGAGAGAUGAUCUCCAUGAGGGAGCUCACAGCCUCCAGUAAAGUCUCCCUGGCCAUUUUGCAGAAGCAGUUGUCCGAGACAGCCAAUGGCUACCCGAGGAAUGUCUGUAUCAAUACGAGACAGAACGGUUUCUCCGCGGGGGUGGGGGCUCUGGCCAUCAUGAACAACCGCUUGGCAGAAACAAGUGAUUCUAGACAAAGCAGAUACCAGCAAUACCUGGACACAGACCGAAGCACAAGAAAUCAGAUGGAAAUGGGAGGAACAGACUGGGAAAGUGAAAGCACAUUGCACUAGAUUGCACUUUCUUUUCAGGUAACUUGGGAGUUGUAUUACAUCCUUCAAAUGUUUUUUGUUUUUUCAGAAUUAAUUAUGGAUAGCCUUGAAAGAAUACGGUUGACUUAGGUUUUAAAAGUUCAUCUUCCCUGGUACAACCCCCUCUGCAUCACCCUGUAGAGCAGCAGCUGUAACUCUUUGCUUACACAGACCAAGACAUCCCAGCUGCCUGCUGAGCCUACAGGCAGCACAGACCUGAGCUCAGAUCCUGUCUCCCAUAUAGGUCUUUUGCUGCCUGAGCCCAGGGAAGAGCAAUCAGGAGCAGCAGAAAGCUGCAGGAAUUAGGACUUCUCUGUGAGCUGGCCCCUAGUGAGAACAGCAGUGGCAUGGGUGUGAGCUGCUUGGACAAAGGAGAUACCACAUGCACCUGGCACCUGCACUAAUACUUUGCAGAUGAAAAUUAAAACUUAGGUGAGAAUUUAUGAGCAACAAUGACCAAGUUCAAGUGACAUCUUCUCUUAGCCCUGGAGGUCAUUCACAAAGAUUAAUUUCUUGUGAAACCUGUAGCAUUUGGCAAGUUACUACAUUGAACUCUCGGGGUCUGUUUUCCCCAUGUGUGUCUUGGACAAAGUUUGGAGUGACAGCAAGAUGUCAUCUGGUUCUCAUUGUUUUCUUCCCAUCUGCAAACACAGUUCUCACUUUGAAAAAAUUCAAGUGGCUCUUUAUUUCCUUGCAGUGUGAAGGACAUCCUUCAGACCAUGUAGAUGUUCAGAGCAGUCUCAGUGAGCUCAGCCACAGACAGCAGUGUCUGAGGGACAAGGCUGCGCUUGCCUCCCUGCAGAAGGGAGGUUCUUUAGGCAGUUACCAACUCUGAUUGCAACCAGAAUUACUGGUGGAAGGCAGGAAUCCCACUAGAUCUCUCUGGGGCUGCCCUGUGCCGUGCUCAGGUUACCCAGAAGUGCCCCCAUUGAUGUAGUGCUGCUGUCCCAGCAUGGCUUCAGCCCUGGCCUCCAGUCUUUUCUCCUCCCCAGCUUUCUGUGGGUGAAAAUUUGAGUAUACCAUGACCAUUUACUCAUAUUUCAGUCAUGCCUUGCUGCUGAAAGACUUUAGCAGCAGUGGAGGUCAUAUAGCCAAGCAUGUGGGCUCAGUAUAAACCUGAUUGCCUGCGUGGGAUGAAUUUAUGACUAUAUGGAAAUCAGCUGUAGCAAUGAGACCAUUCUCACAUUUUAGUAUUUUUCUAGCCUUUAACUUGAAAAAUAUUCAGUGGCAGAUCAUUUCAGUGAAUGUUCAGAGCUAAUCUCAACAAAGCCAUACUUUGCUGAUUGCUAGCCUAGCAAAUCUGUGGGUAUGGCUGCUGCUCUAAUUGGAUUACUAAUGUGCCUUUCCAAAACCAACACACAUCUGCAGUGUUACAUUUAAAUAAUACAGUAAAUGCUGUGUUACAUAAUAAAUUCAAUUAGGAAAAAUUACUACUUGACUCACACAAAAUAAGUAAUGAAGGGUGCAUUGUACAACCAAUAUGCAAUUUAUUUUUUUUCCUUUAUUUUUUUUUUGUGAAUACGUCCAUGUUUGAGCUCAAAUUAUGCUUUCAUGAAUGCUAGGGAAAGAGAAGCACUACAUUGUGGAAAAUAAGGGAAAGUAUGCAUUGUGUAGCAAUGGCACUUUGGAAGGACUGCUUUAGUUUACAUGGCCACAGCCUGAGUGCAGCUACCAAUGAAGACACACAUCUUUUUUUCUUUCUCUCUCUGUUUUCUAAAUGGGUAACAUCCACCCUUUAAUUACAAUAUCUCUUUAAACCCCUCAAAAAGAAAAUGCAAUUGCCCUACAUUUUGCAUUGGCAAGAAGAGGUCUAAGGUCAAAUCCAAACUUUAUCCAAAAUCUAAAGCCCAAAUCUUCUCUUAGCCAAUCCAAAUCCAAACUCUAAGGUUCCAGAGUGGGGGUGCAGAUGUGCAGCCUUCAAAUGUGUUGUGCUUUGUCCUUCCCUGGAAAAAAAGAGGGAGUAAAUACAGAUACAGUUUACUGCAAAUUACCCAAAAAAGUCUGGCAAUUUAGCAUGGAGGGAAAAAACUACAGCAAGUGUGCUGUUAUUGAGAAAUGAAAAGCAUGGGGAAAGGGAGAGGCUUAGAAGUGUUCCCCAGCAAAUCCAGCAGAAAACCAAAGACUUACUUUGCAUUUACUCCUGCAUUUAUUCCUCGUCACACAACGUUGUGACACCGUCACCCCCCUCAAGGAGCUCCCUCGUGGGCUCAGCUACCUCCUCUGGAACAUGGAGAGAGGUAUUUUGUGAGACACAGGGGAGAAGGGACCACACCAUCUUCAUUCAGCACUGAUUCUAGGAAGUUAAUUGCCCAGCUUUUACUGGAGAGCAGCCAUGCUGGUCCCUUACAGCGUUGAUCCAUAUUUUGGGUGUAUCAGAGGUACAGAUUUCCAUAUCUCCAAGUCCUCCUAGUCCCAGGGUCAUGUCAUGCCCAGGAAUGUCCCAGCCAGCUCCCAAGCCCAGACUUGGCAUGAGGAUGUAGCUGGGUUUGAAAGUGUGUAACAUCCCAACAUCCCAAGUGUUGUCAGGAUCAGACCUUCAGCAGGUGAUGCUUUUCCAAACCUAAGGAAUACAAAGAUGUCCCCAUAUUCCUUUUGUACUUUGCAGACUCUAGGAAUACUUUUUAAAGCCAGUGAGCCAAUGCAAAAUUAAUGCAUUUAUAAUAACAUACAUAAACAACGUGAAAAAAUUCCCAGUAUUUCUGACAAUGUGCAAAUCAAACACAAGGUUUUCUCAACAGAUAUAAUUUCCUAUUACAUGCAAGUAAAAUUAAGUCCAGGAAAUUUUUGCUCCUAGUAACAUCCAUGGGCUGCACAGGCAGUGCAAGAAUUCAGUACCAGUUUUAUUGUAAAACCUCAGUAUCUGAAAGCACAUCUGAAAAAAUGAUGGGGAGGUUGUUUGUGUGGGGGGUUUUGUGUGUGUAAACAUUGUUUAUUUACAAAAAUAAAAAUGCUGUAAUUCUACAUAUACAAACCCAUUUUUAGGUCACUAGAAUACUACUUUGUUGGAUACUCUCAGUAAAAAUGUUCAUUCUAAAUGUCCAGCCAAUUUAAAUUACUCUAGUUUCAAGAUAACCUGUUGAAAAGUA